GUGAUGUGCAGAUCUGUGGAGUUUGGAAGAAUCUCCCGAAGUCUCAGAUUCGACAGCUGGAGGCGGAGCAACUGCGUGUUUCCAUGACAACCACUGACAAGAAGGAGGAGCUACGGGGAAAAAUCAUCAAACACAGAGCACUGUUUGCAGAAACGUUCAGUGCGAUCCUGACGUCUGAAGAGGUGCAUUCUGGGAUGGGCGGAAUCGCCAUGUUGACGCUCAGUGACACCGAGAACAAUCUGCAUUUUAUCCUGAUUCAGCAGGGACUCGUUUCUCACGGGAGCUCCUCCGCACAGAUGCCGGUGAGAGUGAAACUGCUGUACCGACAACAUGUGCUGAGAGAAAUACGAGCAAACAUCUCUACAGACGACUCUGACCUGGCUGAAGUCCUAGCGGAUCUGAACAGUCGGGAACUCUUCUGGUUAUCCCGCGGGCAGCUCCAGAUCGCCAUGGAAACGGAAGGCCAAAAUCCCCGUCAGAUCUCCGGAUACAUUUCUGGGAAGAGAUCAUGUGACACUCUUCAAAGCGUGAUGUCCGGCGGAUCCGCUCUGACUCCCGGGAAAACCGGCGGCGUGGGAUCGGCCGUCUUCACGCUCCAUCCCAACGGCUCGCUCGACUACCAGGUUCUGGUGGCGGGUCUGACCAGCGCGGUGGUCGGCGUGACGGUGGAGAUGAAGCCGCGGCGGCGCAGCAAACGCAGCGUUCUGUACGACCUCACGGCGGACUUCAGCGCGGGCGCAGAUGAGCACGGCGGGGACGGCAGGGCGGCGGGGAGCCUCAGCCGUGUGGAGGCCAGACACAUCCACAUGCUCCUGCAGAACGAGCUGUUCAUCAACAUCGCCACGGCACAGCAGCAGGAGAGCGAGCUGCGCGGACAGAUACGCAUGCUCCCGUACAGCGGACUCGACGCGCGCCGCAAUGAGCUGCCGGUUCCUCUGGCGGGUCAGUUUGUGUCUCCUCCGGUGCGUACGGGCGCCGCGGGCCACGCCUGGGUCUCCGUGGACCAACAGUGUCAUCUACACUACGAGAUCGUGGUCAACGGCCUCAGCAGGAGCGAAGACGCCUCCAUCAACGCUCACCUGCACGGAUUGGCCGAGAUCGGCGAGAUGGACGACUCCUCCACCAAUCACAAGAGACUUCUGACGGGCUUCUACGGCCAACAGGCUCAGGGUGUGUUGAAGGAUAUCAGCGUUGAGUUAUUGAGGCAUUUGGACGAAGGCAUGGCUUAUAUUCAGGUCAGCACCAAAAUGAAUCCAAGAGGAGAAAUACGAGGACGGAUCCAGGUCCCCAACAGCUGUGAGUCGGGCUCUCGGGGGGAGGUGGUGGAGGAGGACGAGUUCCACGAGCUGGUGUUCGUGCGCGACCCGGCGGAGCUGAAGAAGGACCCGCACACAUGCUUCUUCGAGGGGGAACAUCACGCACACGGGUCUCAGUGGACCCCGCAGUACAACACCUGCUUCACCUGCUCAUGCCAGAAGAAGACGGUGAUCUGUGAUCCGGUGAUCUGCCCUGCGCUCUCGUGUCCUCACACUCUCCAGCCUGAAGACCAGUGCUGUCCGGUGUGUGACGAAAAGAAGGAGACCAAAGAGACAACUGCUGUAGAGAAAAUUGAGGAAGAUCCAGAAGGCUGUUAUUUCGAGGGUGAUCAGAAGAUGCACGCACCCGGAACAACAUGGCAUCCGUUCGUCCCGCCGUUCGGGUACAUCAAGUGUGCCGUGUGCACCUGCAAGGGCUCCACUGGAGAAGUGCACUGCGAGAAGGUGACGUGCCCGCCCCUUACCUGCAGUCGACCAAUCAGAGCCAACCCGUCAGACUGCUGCAAGGCGUGUCCUGCCGAAGACACGCCCCCUCUGGAGGACGACGAGAUGAUGCAGGCCGACGGGACGCGCCACUGCAAGUUCGGCAAAAACUACUACCAGAACAGCGAACACUGGCACCCGAGCGUGCCGCUGGUGGGCGAGAUGAAGUGCAUCACCUGCUGGUGUGAUCACGGCGUGACGAAGUGCCAGAGGAAGCAGUGUCCGCUGUUGAGCUGCCGGAACCACGUCCGCAGAGAGGGAACCUGCUGUCCCGAGUGCAUAGAGGACUUUAUGGAAAAAGAAGAAAUGGCGAAGAUGGUGGAGAAAAAGAAAAGCUGGAGACACUGACCCUUUCCUCAACGCUCGCUGUCCGCCUGUUCUGAGAUCAGGUCGUCUCGAGCUCGCACAACGGGACGCCUGAGGACCGCACAACUAACCCAGCGCACGAAACCGAAGAAGAGGUCCAGACACACCGAAUGUAAGAAGGAAGUUUGAGAGAAAGUGGUUCUGAAGAUACACGUUAUCAAGGCAAACCAGGAGAACGACUCUCGACCGCUGACGUUUGAGU